CACCUGCUGGGCUUCAGUGGGCUGCCAGGUGUGAGCUGCAGGGUGAUAUGGCUGCUGGCUGUGGAGUUACUGCAGUCUUCCAGUUCAGAUUGGAUGAUCCCAUACUUGAAGGGUCAUUCAGCACAGAGCUCAAUCUGUAAUGGGCAAGGCGACAUCAUCUGUCAUUCUUGAACAGCCGGGUCUUCAAGUACUUAUGAGCCUCUUCCUUCCAAGCAUGUGGCCCAGGGACAGAGUGUUUGGCACCAGUGCCACGCAGAUCCAGUUUCCUGGGUUUGACUCAUGUUUGGGUGCCUGUCUGCGUGGAGUCUGCAUGUUGUGUUUUGUGUUUUCACAGGGGGAUCCUCUGACCUCGUAAAAGGCAUAUAGGUUAGGUUUCUUAGGCUGCUCUACAUCGUCCGAUUGACCUGCUUUCGUUAUGGUCUGACAUUCUACCCAUACAAUAUGAAAAUCAGACUAACAUUCUGAACAAAUUGGUCCUAUGUAGUGCUCUCUAGUGUGUACUGCUACAGUUCACGUUCUUACAGUGCCUCUCGUGUGGGUAUCAGAUGUCGUUGCUCCACAACACAGUUUUCAUACAGGGGACCAGUUAACCCUGUAAGCAUCCUACGGUACGUGACAAUCGGAAAUAUCCAUGACUUUUAGAAUAACCUUUUUUUCUUUUGCUCGGUGAGAAAAACCGGGAAAACCCAGGCAAUAAAUCUUUGAAAGGACAGUUUCCAGCCCGCCUCGUGACUUGUGAGAAGACCCAGGUAAAAGGAAAGGUUUUCAAAUGCCGUUAAAACACAAGGCAAGCAAAAAAAAACAACAACAACAAACUCAAUUUAAAAAGAUCGGAUUGAAAAACAGGCCUGGCUGUUCAAGGGGUGGCACGGUGUCGUUCGGUUCAAUUCGGUGAACACGUUGCCCUCUGCAGUGCGCGUAUUAUUCCAGAUGUUUUCCCGCUGUCAGCUGAUGAAGGGGACGCGGCACCUUUAAGAGACUGGUCCCGGCUGCUCACCGCUGGCCCCGUGCUGGUUUCCCACUGGGAUACUCACAGAUGUGCGUGGUAUGUCAGUCUGUACACAGCGCGUCUUUUUUCGGGCUCAGCCUGCAGACGUCUUGGGAUAAAGAAACGGGGGUUUAUAAGCAGAACUUGGGAACUUGAGCACUUUUCUUCCUCUCCUGUCUGGUGCGGUUUCAGCUUCUUGUGGACUCGAAAUGAUUUGUCUAUAUGCGGUCUGUAAAACAUUCGAUGAACCCGGUUAUGUUGGGGGGUGUUUUAUCUAUAUACACACAUUAGUUUUGACUGAAAAUACUCAAUAUAUUUGUUCCAGAUGUGAAUUGUGUGGUGGAAAACAGCUCCGAGCUUUGGUCUCCCAGUGUCUUUGUAAUUUUUAAAAAAUAUAAUUUGUUCUCCUUCUGCGCAGCCAAACUGUGACGGUAGCGCCCAAGUGGAAACAAGUUAAAUUUUAACUUCUUCGCUGCGCCACAGUUCGACCUUCUGUGGUGGGGGGGUCCGAGGAAUUCAACCACAUCCCAGACAUCAGAAAAAUGUGAGCGGUAACUUGUGGGACUUUUACUUCACCCGAGACUCCUACCAGCAGUAGCAACAGCAGCAGCAGCAGCGGCAAUAUGGGUAGCGGCAGCAGCAGAGGGAAAAAAAUCGCACCCGAAUUGGUGAGAGAGGCAAAGGCUUACCGAGCGGAGAAAAAAGACGGCAACGAACGAGACCCUAAAGACGACAGUCGCUUAUUCACAAGCUACAAGGUCCCGAAUAUUUCCGACUUCAGCCAGUCAGGCAACAGGCUCCGACCGCACUGCCACAGCGAAGGAAACGAUUCCGACGUUUCCGCGGACGACGAUGAAGACGACAUCGACAGGGAGCUGGACCGGGUGCUGGCGGAGUGCGACGGUCGCCGUUUCUACUCCCACAGGACGCCUCCGAAGAAGUCGCUUGGCCGAUCUCACACGUACAGCUUCUGUAAUGCGAGACAGGUGCACCCGAGGAACGAGUUCAGCUCCACGCCGCGCACGCAGAGUGUGGAGCAGCUGAAAGUGGGGAAACAGCCUCCCCAGGGACCCGACACCGGGAAGAGGGGGGACGUCACGCUCGGUUUUCCUCGGGAGAAAAGCCUUUUCGCUCCUGACUCGGGCGCCGUGAGCUCUCGGUUAAAUGACACGUUGGUUCACAGAAUCGAGGGCACUACACACAGCGAACCCACAGACGCCCCUUGUUUCUGAUUGCCCGUUUGGAUUUCCUAUAUGGAUUGUUUGCCCCGGACUCACUUCCCCUGGACACCUGCACUCCUUGGACAUGCCCCUUUGUCUCCAUCCCUUCUCCUGCAUUAUUUUAUUCCUACUGUGUCUUCACCAACCGGAUCAUGUCGUCUGCACAGGGCCCGGAAAGAACUGCUACGUGACACCCGCCAACCAGCGGGUCCUGGAGUGACCCGACAGCAUCGGCUUCACCACGGCGUCCUGACAGUCUGGGUCUGGGGCUCAGAGCGCCUGGCCUCGUUAACCUGCUUUAAUUCCCCGCUCCUACACUGGAUCCAGCUCCGGUUUUUAAACCUUGUCUCGAUUUGUCUUGGAUGGUUAACCCAGCUCUGGACUUUUGGACUUCGCCCUGGAUUACCCCCUGGACUCCUCUGGACUUGUUCGCCCUGGCCACGCCCCCCCCUGAGCCCCAGUUCACUGUUGCCAAGCCCCCCUGUUUGUCAGCCUGUCCUGAUCCUCAUCGUCUCCCCCCUGUGUCCGUUUCCACUUACUUCCGGAUUAUACUGUCUGCAUAGGGUCCCGAACUACGCAUUGUAACAAAGACAAAUAAGGAUCAGUUCUUUGAGCCUGUCAGGAUAUUCUCUUGAGCCUUUAAUGUCUCUGGUUGCUCUUCUACGGAUGAAUUCCGGAGUUGCUGCAUCCUUUCUGGAACACGGUGACCAACAUGAUACACAGUAUUCUAAAUGAGGACUUAACGCUGCUUUAUACGGUUUUAACACAACGCUCCUUGAUUUAAAUUCUAUGAUUUUAACUGUAUAUUCUAGCAUUCUCUUUGUCCUUUUAACCGCUUCCCCACAUUAUGUUAAAGGUGAAAAUGACAUGUCAACACAAACACCUAAGUCCUUUGGGUACAUACCUAAGUAUUGUCCCAUUUUGUAUUUAUAAUUCCGUUUUACUGCCUACAUUUGUCUACAUUAAACAUUAUUUGCCAGGUGUUUUUGCACUUGGAAUUUUAUCUGAAACACUUUGAAUUUCAUUUGCUGCUUCUACAGUGGUCACUUAUUCUCUUAAUUUGGUAUCAUCUGAAAACAUGACAGGUUUACUAUGGUGUCCUUUUACAGAUCCUGCGGUACUCCACUAAUUACAUCGUUCCAGUCUGAGUAUUCACCCCUUAUCUGUACCCUCUGUUUUCUAUUUAAUUACCUGUUCGCAAUCCAAAGGCUUGUGUUCCCCUGAAUGCCUAACACUUCUAAUUUGAAAUGUAAUCUUUUUGAGGGAAAUGUAUCAAAAGCCUUCUGAAAGUGUAAAAUAAAUAUGUCUCAUGUCCCUUGUGUACCCAUUACUGUUGUUGCUUUUUUGUUCAAAGAACUCUAACAGUUUGGUUAGGCAAACUGUCUUUUUUAAAUCCAUGAUCCUCUAGUUGAGUUCUUAUAAUUGUUUCCAUUACCUUAUGUGCAAAAGAAGUCAAACCUCUUGGUCUAGAAUGACCUGGUUUAGCUUUUUUUAUCCUUUUUGUGAAUGGGCACUACAUUAGCAAUUUGUCCAGUCCCUGGGUUCUACCCCGUCUUGAAAGACUGUGGUCCUUGAGUACGAUUGCUAAGAUAGCACUAGACCCCAGGGAUUUAUCCAUCUUGAGAGCUUUUAGUACCUGAAAUACCUCUCCCUCCUCUAUGGUAAUACAGUUUAAUAAAGAUUGUAUUUCCUUCUGCUUCCUGAGGUCUUUCGCUGGCUUCCUCCUUAGUGAAAUACUCAUUUGCUACCUCAGCCAUUUCCCUUUCAUUGUCUAAACUAGGGAAGCCAGACGUUAAGGGACUUUAUUAUUAAGGGUGUCACGAUUGUCAUCACUCCCCCUAAAGGGCACUCCGGCUCUUUCACAUUUCGGUUGAUUUUGUGCACCUGCCUCCUAUCCAGCGCUUCCUUAAAAGCCAGACGC